CCAAAUUACCGACAGCAAAAUAAAUAACGCUACGGGCGCAUCAGAAAAGUGAUUAGCAAUAGCCUUUGCAACUGUCUUUUCCGUCUUUCUUCAAUUGGGGAUUUUGGGGUUUCACAGAAUAAAAACCCUAGAAAACUAAAAAUCAGUGGAAUUGAAAGAAUCGCUCCAGUAGAAGAAGAACUUCUGGUGAACCCUUAACAGUAUCAGCAGCUAAUAAUUGAAUAUGAGGUCAAAAAGACUGGAACUUAUAGAAGCUCAGCAGAAGCCGAAGAAGCUGUCAACAGCAAAACGGCAAGAAGCUCUGCGGAACCUGAGGUCGUCAACAACAAAACAACUCUCUGGGUCUGUGAACAACAGCAGAAGGGAAAAAGAAGUUGUGACUGAUGCAGUGGAUGAAGGACUCGAUGCUAUUGCUCCCGAGUCGUCUGCAACAAAAUCACGUUCCGCAUUCAUGAACGGCAGAAGGGGAAAAGAAAAUGGGACUGAUGCAGUAGGUGAAACACUCAAUGCUGUUGCUCUUGAGAAGAAGAAGUCGCUAACAGUAAAACCACGCGUUUCAUUUGUCAAUGAACCGAGGGAAAAAGAAAUUGUGACCGGCCCACUGGAUGAAGGACUCAAUGCUGUUGAUGACAUGCUUGAUGCUGGGGGCGAUGUUAGAGAUGAAGAUACUCACACGGUUGAUUCUUGGAGCGAUAUUAGAGAUGAAGAUGCUAGCAUUGUUGAUACUGGGAGCGAUGCACGAGAUGUAGCUGCUGACUCUGAUCAAGAUGCUGACGAGCAAAUUGCGGACGAUGAAUGGUUACCCACCAACUCUGAUCAAGAUGGUGAUGAUGACAUACUUGAUGCGGAUGGAAACGCUGACAUGCAAUUUGCAGAAGACCAACCGUUACCCACCAACUCUUAUGAAGAUACUGGCAUACUUGAUACAGAUGAAAACGGUGGCAUGCUAAUUGUGGAUGCACAAUCGUUACCCACCAACUCUGAGAAUGUUGCAGGUUCAUCAAGGAAAAGGAAACACAAAAUGAUCCAAAGGCAAGUAACUGACCCCCAUAGCGAGUCUAACUACGGAAACUUCACCGGUUAUGGCCAAGGAAGCACUUCUGUGCCAUUAGAUAGGCGUGUCCCAAUUACAUUCGACAAAUAUGGGCGGCCUUGUGAUGUUGGGUCAGAAGAAUUUGCAACGGAUAUUGGAAAGAUAGUACGAGCAUUUUGUCGUCCUGCGAUUGAGUCUUGGAGAAAAGUUCCAGACAGCAUGAAAGAGAAUAUAUGGAUAAAUAUUAUUGCUAGGUAUGUCGUACCUGAAAUCUAUAAGCCUAAUGUUUUGUCAAGGGCUAGCAAAUCCUAUAAAACAUGGAAAUCUCAGCUGCGAGUAGAGAUGGAUAAACAUGAGACCAUUGAUGAGAAAAAAAUGAAUAUGCCAUGGCGUUUGAUUUCAAACAGAGAAGAUUGGGUAAGUUUUGUUGAUUUCUGCAAUACUGACGAGGAUAAGAAACGUCGCGCAGCUGGUAGAAAAGCUAGAGAAAAUCUUGAAUUUUUACAUUCAUGUGGCAGGAAAGGAAUUUAUCGCAAAUUAUACGAACUGGAAAAAGAGAGUCCAACUGGUGAAGUUAACAGAGCUGCAAUAUUUGUUGACACUCAUGUUUCCAAGAAUAUAAAUGAUCCUGAAUCAUCCUCCAUCUCAGAUAUUAAACUGAGAUUAAUUAAAGAGCUUGUAGAAGCUAAUCCAGACGGUCAAAAAGAUAUUGAUAACGAUGCUGUCGCACAGGUAUGUGGACUUGAUGGUAAAGGUGUUGUAAGAGGCAUGGGAGGAGGUGUUUCGAGAGCUAAGGUGCUUGCUUCAGCGGCAAGUGUUGAGACUCUUCGCAAAGUACAACAAGAAAACAAGAGUUUGCAGUCUGAUAUUGAUUUACUCCGAUCACAGUUGGUAGCGCACACACCAGAUCAUACUUCUACACCAUCAGCGUCCCCCAUACGAAACUGUAAUUCUGUACCGUCAAAUCAAUCUGCGUCUCAGGCACCUGAGGCGUCCAACUUGCCUGCUCGUUCUAGUGUAGCACCUCCUUCGCCCAACUUGCCUGCUCGUUCACCUCUGGCACUUCCGGUGCCCAACUUGCCUGCUCGUUCACGUUUGGCACCUGAUGUGCCAAACUUGCCUGCUUGUUCACAUGUGGCACCUCGUUCGCCCAACUUGCCUGCUCGUUCACGUGUGGCACCUCCUUCGCCCAACUUGCCUGCUCUUUUACGUUUGGCACUUCCUUCGUCCAACUUGCCUGCUCGUUCAUCUUCGGCACCUCCUGCGUCCAACUUAGCUGCUAGUUCAUGUUUCAUCAAAAACUUCAAAGGAAGAACCAUUGCUUUAGGUAGUAUCAACACUGCUGAUCCACCAAUGGAAAAUGUCCAUAGUUUGAUUAUCGAAGAAAUAUUUGACAGAAACGCAGAAUUAUUUGAUCAAGAUGGGAAGCUUGGAGAUAUUAUGAUCGGUGGUGUGAUUAAUUGGCCAAAAGCAUGUGUUGUAUCCAACUUGCCUUCUAGCUCAUGUUUCAUAAGAAACUUCAAAAGAAGAAUCAUCGCUUUUGGUAAUUUCGACACUGCUGAUCCACUGACCGAAGAUGUCUACAGUGUAAUCGUCAAAGAAAUAUAUGACAGAGAUGCAGAAUUAUUUGAUGAAGAUGGGAAGCUUGGAGACAUUAUGAUUGGUGACGUGAUUAAUUGGCCAAAAGCAUGUGUUAAGCCUUGUCGAUAAUAAACCAUGUCAUUAUUGUUUUUCAUUUUCAGUAAUUAACUAGAACGUGUAAUCUUUGCAAAUAACGAUUUUUGGGUUCUAGUUUUCGACCUGGUUGUUGUCUGGACAAGAAAAUGCUUAUAAGGUAGAAUUUUUAGCAACUGCAGCCUGGAGGAAA